GGGUGGUAGUCGACGGGAUGACGAAGAUGAACAAUCGUUUGUGCAACAACAGUCCAUUGAAUUAGACUACGAUAGUUUAGAACCUCAAAACGCAAACGGUUGGAGACCUAUUCACCCAAACUACGGAUCGUUAAGGCCGCGAUUUGAACAACCCCGAAAAAAGCUCGCACCAAAAAAAAUUUCUGGAUACGGAGCUCAUCAAAUACCGGUGACCGAGGGUAAUAGUUAUUACCAAAAUCCUCAAUCGCAGCGUUUGACAUUCAAGCAAAGACAACCACAAAGUUUCGACAACAUACCCUAUUCACCAUAUGAUGUGGAGGAAAGAAGACCGUUAAGAGUGUACAAAGAAGAUACUCAACCGUUGAGACAGCAAGUGAACAACAUUCGUCCAUUGAGAAUACGCAAUGAGGACAUACUACCGUUGAAAACGUAUUCUAAAAUAGAAAGGAACCCGCCUAGAUCAGCUAAAGCCAGACGGCCCGCCGAACCUUUAGACGAAGAGGAAGAAGAAAACGAACCCAAGCCUUUACAGUCUAGACGGCAGCCGACUAGAAAACGACAAAUUUGCCAUAAAAUAAAAAAAUCGAUGACGCCAAGUGAUAUUGAGGAUCAUGACGUGAUUGGCAGGAAAAUGACAUGCAUGAGGUGCAAAGAUAUAGCGUCGGGUGGAUCAUUUGAAAAAUGUUCGUACUCAUCUCAACCACAGUCCGGAGAAUACUAUAGAGACACGCAGGUAAUCAAGGAGACGCCAGCUAGGGGGAAAGCUGCUCGGUUUAAGAGAAGGGUCGUAGACAGAAAACCACAGAGUGAAGAAGUAGAAGACUACGAGUACGAAAACGCUAAUCAAGCAGAGGAAUCGGAAGAGGAGCCGGAGUACGUCUACAAUCCAGAAGCGGUGGCUGAAAGUGACAACGAAGAUCCGGAGAAUCACGAAGCGGCCGAAAACGAAAGUGAAGAGUACCGAAUACCUGCCAUGCCGAUCAAGUCAGCCACGUGCUCUAAGGUAAAAAAGAAGGGUAAUAUAUGUAACGUGUGCAGGGACAACCUGACUAAUAGAAAGUACGAGACUUGCGAAUACGAGUCGGAUCCUGACAACAACGCCUACGAAUAUUCAACGCAAAACGUGUACGGUAGUCCCAGGUACAAGAGACAGUUGGACAGCGACCGAACAUACGACGAUUACUUCAAGAAGUUGUUUCCAGAGCUGGGUUCAGACAGGAAGAGUUCGUUGGCGACCAAGUUUUCGUCCAAAGACGGCGACUUUGGGUUCCUAGACAACGGGCAGAUAGGUUUCAAGAAGACCAAGUCCAAGCUGCUCGGCGGCAAGGAUCUGAGCAUUAAUUUCGAUUCAGGCGAGGAAAGCGAGGUGAGCCGGAUGUUGGGCGAAUUUCGCAACAAAGACCGGUCCAAAUGCAAAAAGUCGCUAAAAGACAAAAUGACCUGUUACAAGUGCAAGGACGAAAAGGGGUCAGAAACCGAAGAGUGCAUGUACAUUACGGACGGAGGUCCGAAAGAACACAAACAGUCGUACCACGAGACUAAAAAGUUCAACAAUAACCCGCUGAAUGAAGGAGCCAAGUCGACCAACCAGAACAGUACUCAACAUCAACCCGCGUCGUCGUCCCUGUCGCAUGCAUACGCCCCGUUGUUCAGGUCCGCUUACGAGCCUACAGGAGCUUAUUCUGAUUACCGGCCACAUAGAAGACGCAACAACUACAGACUUCAUAAGAAUCCGGUUGUCGAGGAGCCGGUGGAGUCCGUAGAGGAACAAGACGACCAGUCUGAGGCGCAGAGCUCGAGUAGUGAAGACUACGAGGAAGACCCGACCGCCAAAAGGGUAUCGAGGCACGAUCUACCGGAAGUAGAUCCUUUUGGACCGGAAGGAGCAUUCAGCGAAGAAACUGUACCCGUGUAUGAUGCACAACUUGGCACCUGGUUGCCGAGAUACAUGGUGAUGAAAUCCGAAGAAGAGGCAUCCGUCGAUGCAGAACUCGGAUUCGAUUAAAAUGAAAAAUAAAAUAAUAGCAUAUACUCAGUAUUUAGUUACUAUACUAUUAAGGGUGGUCUACAAGCUGAUAUACGUAUAUUAUUAUUCCCAUACGAGUCAUACUUUUAAAAUACAUCGGUGUUAUAAUUAGGGUUGUAUUUAACAGAUAUUAUAAUAUGUUAUAAAUGUGACUCGUAAAUCGAAGUUAAUUUUUUGUUUGUGUAUUGUUGUACCUAUAAUCUAUAUCGUUGCAUAAUACAAUUAGUGCUGCUCUAUUCGAUUAUAAGUAAUUUUAUAAUUUAUUUUUGUUGAAUAUUAUUGGAGUUAUUAUUGUUUUUAAAUAAAAUGUUUAUGUAAAAUAGUAAUUUUUAGUUUUUAUAUAUAGGUACAUAUUUAUAUUAUUUAUUCUUU